CGAUUUUUGGUGGUGAAUAGAGACCGUCAACAAUCGCGUGGCUUUUUCUCCCCUCGUAUUUACACGGCCCUUGACAUAAACUUUUGUCAACGAGACGCGCGUGCCACCGCCAUGACAAAGUCAGGAUCCCGGUAUCUUCCGAGGAUUAUGCGCACCGCUGCAAACAGCCGCGGCCAGCUGUGACGCAACAACGUUUCGUUCUGGUGUCCACAGUUCAACCCUGACGGCUCACCUGCAAAGGCUGCAAUCGUGUCCUCAAUCCGCCAUGAGAACUCCCACAACGUCGCAUCGAUAGGGAUUCAGUCAGCUUCAAGAUGAGCGCCUUGGAUGAGGAGCCCCGAGGAGAGUCGUGGACGUCCAUUCCCACGCAUCUAAUCCUCGCCGAGCUUCAGCGACGAAAAGCGGAUGGCGAGAAGCCGCAGUGCGGUUCAAGAACCAAGGGAACCUACGAUACGUCGGCGCACGUGUUCGCCUUGGUUCUCAUCCUCGUGCUGAGCACCCUAGCUUGCGGAUUCCCCUUGAUAUCACGUCGCACUACGACCGGCCGCCGGCAAAGGACCAUCAUCUUUUACUGCCAGCAUGUCGGCACCGGCGUGCUCAUCGCAACGGCUUUCGUCCACCUCCUCCCCACCGCAUUCGAGUCGAUGACCGAUCCAUGUCUGCCGUACUUUUUCAACGAGGGCUACCCGCCUUUCCCUGGCUUCAUAGCCAUGACCGCUGCCAUCAUUGUUGUUGGUGUCGAGUCGUACCUGACGGCCCGAGGAGCAGGACACUCCCACGCGCACAACCAUUCAUCGUGGGACGAGCACGACGAGUCCGAUAGCGAUGCGACCCUGCAAGAGACGAUCGGGUUGGCGGAGCGGAGGGCUGGGUCAAGGCCACCCGACAUUUGUUUGGAUGAUAUUGAGACUCAGGGACUGGUUGCGGGCGUGUCGCCGCUUCCAUCAUCUACACCAAGGGCAGGAGAGACGACGAAGCUGACAGAGGACUUCAAUGAUGAAGAUUCGGACCUUGACCUGGACGUGGAUGAGCUUGACCCGGGCUCCUCUCACAACUCGCAGCGCCGUGCGUAUGCGUCCCUCAAGCCAGAAGACAUGCCCCGGACACCCAUGACACCCAUAUCGCCUGGGAUGCCCAAGACUCCCGAGGAGAACAAGCGAAUGAUGCUGCAGUGCCUCCUACUUGAGGCCGGGAUUCUCUUCCACAGUGUGUUUAUUGGCAUGGCCGUUUCCGUCGCCACUGGACCGGCCUUUGUAGUAUUCUUGGUUGCUAUUGGCUUCCAUCAAACCUUUGAGGGUCUGGCCCUGGGUAGUCGAAUCUCGGCAAUCCAAUUCCCUCGCAAAUCGAUUCGUCCCUGGUGUAUGGUCAUGGCCUACGGCCUCACCACACCUAUUGGACAAGCCAUUGGACUGGUCGUGCAUCGAUUGUACGAUCCCCAAAGCAUGGGGGGACUUUUGGUCGUUGGCUUCAUGAACGCCAUCUCCGCAGGCCUGUUGCUCUACGCCGGUCUGGUCCAGCUGCUGGCGGAGGACUUUUUGACGGAGAAGAGUUACAAGGUGCUGAAGGGCAAGAAAAGGUUACAAGCAUAUCUCAGCAGCCGUGGCUCUUUGUUCUUGAACCGUUCGCCGUACGUCAUGACGUCGACAGCCCCAACCAAGCAGUGGGCCGAUGGGCCCAUGAAGCUUGUCAUCACACCUCAGUACCAGACCAAGAAGACCGACCUCUUCACGACCGGUGCAACCCACAUGUGUCUUCUGCACAACGCCAUCAUCCGCGGCUUCAACACCAUCUACCUCCAGGCCCCGCACAUUCAAGACGCCGACAAGGCCGCCUUCAUUGGAUACUCGCAGACAUGGUUCCGCUUCGUCAAGUCGCACCACGACGAUGAGGAGGAUAAUUUGUUCCCCAAGGUCCAGGAUCUACUGGGUGAUGAUCCUGUCUGGACCGCAACUCACGAGGAGCAUGAAUCCUUCCUCACUGGCCUUGCUGAAUUCAACACCUACCUCGAUACCCUCGACUCGCCUACUUCUCUCGACUCCGUGAAGCUCAUCAGCAUCAUGGACUCUUUCAAGGACAACUUUGAGAACCACUUCCACAGCGAGAUUGCCACCAUCGCCGCAUUCGCCGACCACCCCAAGGCGCCUAAAGUUGAUACCCCUGAGGCAGCUGUCGCUUCCGAGACUUUCAAGACCUGGGGCAAGAAGACGGUCACCAAGGCCGGUAUGCUUGACGUCGUACCCUUUUUCCUGCUGAACCUCGAUCACACUGCUGAGGACGGCCUCUGGGCCAACUGGCCGCCCAUGCCUGCCCCCGUGAAAUGGGGCAUGACAAACAUUGCUGGGUCGUGGUACGGCGCCUGGUGGAAGUUUUCCAGCUGCGAUGCUCAAGGACAGCCACAGGAGUUAUAUGCAUUGCGGAAUAUUUGAGGCCAAUGCUUAGUGUGAACCGGUCAGCGCAAGGGAGGCUAUUGGAAUUUUUAUCAUCCGCAUGUAAUUUUUGGGAGAUUAUACCGGGUUGUAUCUUAGUCCAUAAUUUUGGAUUCGGGAAUGGGCGUAAUGACAUCACGAGCACGCAGAAGCAGUCAAAUAUGGAUUUACUCUCCCUAGUUUUGGGAAAUAUACCGUGACUUCCCUGUUCAUUUUAGCUGCUAGCCAUUGAUUUCAAGUACAUCGUCUUUGAAGUUGAGGUUCUGUUGACUGCCGCACAUGUGUCAUAAACAAUUGGUUUAUCAAAGAAUCACGUCCAAAUAAACACGCAAGCUAAUGCAACUACAGCGAAAGGUGAACAAUAGAGAAUCAGUGAGAAAUUCUUGGACGAGUGUGCUUGGGUCCAUUGUGGCUCUUUGUUCAGAUGUUCAUGUACUGUUUUCC